CAGGGUCUGAUCAAGAAGGAACGUGGUGAUGUUGCGGGGCAGUGACGACAACGCUUGUCAAGUCGCGUGGUCGUUUGUAGGUGAUAGGCAAGAGCAACCGUUUAUACGCACCGAGCCGCGCGUAGAGAUGGAGUGCUAUAUACCUACUCGAUCGAUGGGGCGAGUGGAGUACCGAGUCCAAGCUAAGGGAAGACUGGAAGAGAGCUAUUGGGGUAGUCGUCCAGUAGCUGCGCACAGAGACGACCUUUGUGUAAGACAGGUCGUAGCGCGGACCUGACUAGUGAUGGCGAACAAAAAGUGGAAUGGAGGUAGAGGAAGUUUGCGCCGUGCGUCUCGAGAGGUCAAGUAUGUAGAGAUGAUGGGGUGUUUAUACCCGACUCUCGGCAUGGCCGUAUACCCAUGCCCAUCUCGGCCAGAAAGCGCUUCAUUCGUGACAGGCACAUGGCUCUCCACCUCUACUGCUUCCUGCCGCGUACGGGCAUUUGCCCAAAUGAGAAUCGGCUGUAGCGUGGGGACGUCAACGCCUGGUUGCACAUGGGAUCCUCGAGGUCGCCGACGAGUAGGCGCGCCCCACAGCAAGCGUAGACUGCAGCACCGCGACAGAUGGCAGAGGCUAGCAUACCGGGACAUGAAGAUAUGCACUAGUGCCACGCGCCGUGAGGAGUCGGUAAUCUGGGCAGAACCCGUGUCGAUCGUCUGGACCCGGACUAGCCCCCUACCACAAUUGCAAAUCUCUACCCGGUUUACCAACCUUCUGGCUGUGUAAAACACACCAUGGCGCCGACGGUCAAAUGUCACAUUGCGAUGCAGCCGUUGGGAAAUGAAGACUCGACACACCCACCUUGUCAGAAUGUCUUGGUGUUCUAGUGAUGCAAGAGAUACCUCAACGUUCGCAAGUGCGGGUGGAGAACCGAAGCGAGCGACAGUCACGAUGCUACUUUGAGAAGCUGCAAAAGCUACAAAAACGCGGAGUGACGUUCUCUCAGACAGCCACAAUGUUCUUUUAGACAGCCA